AACAAGUCUUGCCAGUUCGUCAGUCAUAUUAUUCCCUGGGUUCGGAGUAGUUGUGUAGAGAGGUCCUACCUCGGGCCUGCGCCAAACUCUUUCUGUUCUCAUCAGCAGAAGCAGCAGUAAUACCCAAAAUCACCAGCGAACCAUCUUCCGUCUGGGCCCUAAUCCAUCGUCGCCUGUGUCAUCAGCGACCGCUCACAUCACAUCAUGUCCGAUAAUCUGAGAGUCAAGCUGGGGAAGUCCACUGUCGAAAACAAGCAGAAAUCCGACUUUCCCUGGCACGGAGUAUGGGCGGAGGCCAUGGCUGCCUACAAUUCCGGUUGGACGAAGCCAGAGGGACGCAUGCCGAUCCUCAUCGACGCCAGCACCCCGAUUCCUACGCCUGAAAAGCUGCAGGAGCUGGCCGAUCUACCCUCAGUUCCUGAGGUCAUGGAGACGACCAAGACAAACCCAUACAGUGAUGAGUACGAUGAGAACUUGGAAUCUCAAAAGGUCCGCAUCUGCGACAUCAGCUUGAGCCAGUUCUACAAACUUCGGGAGCGCGUGGAAUGCGAUCGGUAUGACAUAUGCGUUUGGUUCGAGAAUGGCAAACGUUUUGCCGCCGUGGCGCUCUCACUGAAGGUCGAGACAGAGGAGAGGGAAGAGAGGGAGAAGGAGGUGGGAAAGAGUGUGUCUGAGACGACCAAAGAAGCAUCUUAAGAAGGCUCGAGUCUGCUAGACUGGGCUACAAGCCCUGCCGGAGGAUAUUGUCGGCUGUAUUCCUUAUUUCCUUGAUGCCUCUGGACAAGUCAUUUGGUGGGGUUUCCUUUUAUUUGCGGGUUGCGUCUCUGAUCCUCCAUCAUCGUGUUUCCCCUUCUGAUUCGAGUUCUCGGUUUUUUUUUUGCAACUUUGUGUCGUCAGGAAUACCAUUCAACGAAGGGAGGAACCCGGGAACUUGGCAGCUCACUAAAUCUAUUGAUCCGGAACGGAUCACAAUACAUUUUCACUGUCUCUGCUCCUGUCCGACAUGUGAACUCAGGUGUCAGUCCCAUUCCCGAACAGCUUCGGACUAGUCGGGGCCACGAUCCGUUCUGUUCCCCUUCACAUCCGG